AGGAAGGCGCGGCUUUUUUCUUCUUGCGCACAAAACUCCGUUUGAAUGGAGAUAGGCGGGAGCAGGCUACUGUUGCUUUUGCAGCAGCGGCAGCAGAAGAAGGCGAGGCGGAGGAGGAGUGAGGCGCCGUGAGGCAGGCGAGGCCUGCGCGCCGGAAGUGAGCGCGGUCUGAGCUGACUGAGGGGAGAGACAGGGAAAGCCCAGCCGGCUGGAGCUGCUUGCCGACGUUUGUGGUGGCUGCGGCUGGCUAAGUCGAGUUCAGGGUGUGUGAGGCGGAGAAGAAGGAAGGGGAAAAGAAAUCUCCUCAGCCAGCGAGAAAAGCCUCCUCUGGCUUAAGGGCUUCUACGGCACGGCGGGCGGAGGCAGCGGCAGUAGCAGGGAAAGGAAGCCGCUAGCCUAGCCACUCAAGCCCCCGACCACCGGCAGUAGCAAGGGCGUUGAGAGAGCAGGAGGAGGAGACGCCGCCGGGUGUCCAGCAGCAACAGCCGCCGCCGUCAUAAUGGAACAGCUAUCAGAUGAAGAACUUGAUCAUGGCGCAGAAGAAGAUAGUGAUAAAGAAGAUCAAGAUUUGGACAAGAUGUUUGGGGCUUGGCUUGGGGAGUUAGACAAACUUACACAGAGUCUGGAUACAGACAAGUCCAUGGAGCCAGUAAAAAGAUCACCUCUUCGCCAGGAGACUAAUAUUGCCAACUUCUCCUAUCGCUUUUCGAUGUACAAUUUGAAUGAAGCCCUGAAUCAGGGAGAAACUGUGGAUCUUGAUGCCCUCAUGGCAGAUCUUUGUUCCAUAGAACAGGAAUUGAGCAGCAUUGGAUCACAGUCUGCAAACAGUAUGUCAAUGAAACGCUUCGCCAUGGAAGGGAAAAUGGCUCAGAAACCACCUGGUGGUGGCCGACUUCCUGCCAAACACAGUAGUAUGAAAGCAUUGUCGUCUUCAUCAUCUAGUAGGGUAACAAAGCCUUCACAUGCUGUCUUUUCUUUGGAUGACAUUACUGCACAGUUAGAGAAGGCAUCUCUGAGUAUGGAUGAAGCAGCUCAGCAACCUAUAAUGGAAGAUAGCAAGCCUAUAGUUGCUACCCAGCAUAGGAGGACAGCCUCAGCAGGUACUGUGAGUGAUGCUGAAGUCCGUUCUAUCAGCAAUUCCUCCCGUUCCAGUAUAACAUCUGCAGCCUCCAGUAUGGACUCACUGGAUAUUGAUAAGGUGACAAGACCUCAAGAACUAGAUUUGAUUCAACAAGGGCAGCCAGUUAGUGAGCAUAUUGUUUCUGUUGAACAUUCCGGCAAGCCAGCCAGACGCUGCAUUGACUUUUCUGAAGAAGAGACUGAAUUGGCUCCUCAUUCCUAUUUGGACAGGGAAACCUCCCUUCUUCUGAGAAACAUUGCAGGAAAGCCUUCUCACUUGCUGACCAAGGAGGAACAGGCUGCUAAACUAAAGGCUGAAAAGAUCAGGGUUGCUUUAGAGAAGAUUAAAGAAGCACAAGUCAAAAAGCUCGUGAUAAGAGUCCACAUGUCUGAUGACAGCUCCAAGACGAUGAUGGUAGAUGAACGGCAGACAGUAAGACAAGUGCUGGACAACUUGAUGGACAAGUCUCACUGUGGCUUUAGCUUAGACUGGUCUUUAGUAGAAACCAUCUCAGAAUUACAAAUGGAGAGAAUCUUUGAAGACCAUGAAAACUUGGUUGAAAACCUCCUCAACUGGACAAGAGACAGUCAAAAUAAACUUAUGUUUGUAGAACGUAUAGAAAAAUAUGCACUUUUCAAAAAUCCCCAGAAUUAUCUUCUAGGGAAAAGAGAAACCUCUGAAAUGGCAGACAGGAACAAGGAAGUACUACUGGAGGAGUGUUUUUGUGGAAGCUCAGUAACAGUGCCAGAAAUUGAGGGAGUGUUGUGGCUGAAGGAUGAUGGCAAAAAAUCCUGGAAGAAGCGUUACUUUCUUCUUCGAGCUUCUGGGAUCUACUAUGUUCCAAAAGGAAAAGCAAAGGUCUCUCGGGAUCUUGUAUGCUUUCUUCAGUUGGACCAUGUAAAUGUUUACUAUGGGCAAGACUACCGGAAUAAGUAUAAAGCCCCUACAGACUAUUGCUUAGUACUGAAGCAUCCUCAGAUUCAGAAGAAAUCUCAAUAUAUUAAAUAUCUGUGUUGUGAUGAUAUCAGAACCCUACAUCAGUGGGUAAAUGGCAUCCGCAUUGCUAAGUACGGGAAACAAUUGUAUGUGAACUAUCAAGAAGCUCUGAAAAGGACAGAAUCCGCAUAUGACUGGACGUCCCUCUCCAGCUCUAGUAUUAAGUCAGGAUCCAGCUCCUCUAGUUUGCCAGAAUCACAGUCCAAUCAUUCUAAUCAAUCUGACAGUGGAGUUUCAGACACCCAAACAAGUCAUGUCCGUUCUCAAAGUAUCGUCAGCUCUAUCUUCUCAGAGGCUUGGAAACGGGGUACUCAAAUGGAAGAGUCCAGCAAGAUUAGUGCCAGAAUUGACUCAAUAAAUCGACCCUUUACUUCACUUCCACCACCUUUAUCUCCACAAACUAAAACAGCUGCCCCAUAUACAGCUUCCCAGCCAUCACCUCCCCUUCCACCACCCCCUCCUCCACCUCCCCCCCCUCCUCCGCCUCCCCCCCCUCCUCCCCCCCCUCUGCCCAGCCAGUCUGGAUCAUCUGGAGGUGGCUCAGCAACAGUGUUUGUAAAGUACAGCACUAUAACAAGAUUGCAGAAUGCCUCUCAGCACGGAGGGCUUCUCUUCAAGUCUCCACUUUUGGUGCAGCAACCCUCACCAAUCCCACCACCGGCAAAACCGCAGAACCCAGUGCCCCCUAAUGGUGUGGUACCCCCACCCCCACCCCCGCCACCUCCCCCUACACCUGGCUCAGCCAUGGCACAGCUCAUGAAACCAGUGCCCUCCAACCCAUCAGUACCACAAUUCACACCACCCCCUCCUCCUCUCAAAAUCCAUCAGGUUCAUCAGAACAUUCCUCCGGCAGCGGUAACAGCUGCUGUUGCUGGGCCACCACCACCACCUCCUAUGCCUGCCCCUCCACCGCCACAAGCUCUUCCGAAACCUGCCAUGACUCUGCCUACACAGAACGGUGCAAAAGCUGUCUCACCUGUACUGACACACCCCACAGCACCUGUACCUGCGCCAGUUCCUUCAACAAUGAAGAAACAGCCAAGUUUCACUGCUCCACAAGUUCCAUUAUCUCCUGUCCCACUAGGUCCUAUUCCCCCACCCACUUUACCCAAGCAGCAGAGCUACUCUAGUAAACUUCCCCCUUCCCCACAAUCCCCUGUGCCAUCAGUUGUGAAGCAAAUAGCCAGUCACUUUCCUCCUCCACCCAUACCAACUUCAGAGUCCCAACCUUUAAAACCUACACCUCUGAAUGUACCACCACCCCAGUCUCCUCCAGCAGUGAAAGCCAAGCCAAAAUGGCAGCCAACCUCUGUCCCAUCUCCUGACUUUCCUCCUCCACCACCCGAAAGUAGCCUAGCAUUUCCUCCUCCGCCUUCCCCUGCUCCAGCAGUAGUCUCUCCUACACCAGAUAAGACAGGGGGGUCUCCAGUCAAAAAGGCUAAUAAGACGUCCAGCCCUGGAGGAAAGAAACCACCCCCAACUCCUCAGCGCAACUCCAGCAUAAAGUCUAACAGCUCAGCAGAGUACCAUGAAUCUAAGAGACCUUCAGUGGACAGCCUGGUCAGCAAAUUUGCACAUCCGCCAGAGCCUUCGGGGUCUCCUGUAAAGGAGACUCCAAUUCCCCCUGCAGCUCCCCCAAAGCCAGGAAAGCUCAAUCUGCCUAUAGUCCUUCAGCAAGCAGGAAUUUCAGCAAAGACAUCUGCCAUAGUAGCACCUGGGAAAGGUACUAUAGACGAGUUUCCUUCUCCUCCAUCAGAUUCAGACUUUCCCCCUCCACCACCUGAAAUAGAACUUCCUCUACCACCAAUAGAGAUUCCUGCUGUAUUUUCUGGCAAUACCUCUCCAAAAGUUGCAGUUGUCAAUCCUCAGCCGUGGUCUAAGUCAUCUGGGAAGAAAGCUCCUCCUCCUACGCGUCCUAAACGCAAUGACAGCACCCGUCUCACACAGGCAGAAAUGGCAGAAUCACAGGUUACUGUCAAUCCACAAGUGCCCACCUCGCCCAAGGCUGGCCUUAGUGUCCAGCCUGGAUUCCUGGCCGACCUGAACAGGACCCUCCAACGCAAGUCUAUUACUCGGCAUGGCUCCCUCUCCUCUGCCCGGAUAUCCAGAGCAGAGCCAACUGCUACAAUGGAUGAUAUGGCUUUGCCCCCACCCCCACCAGAACUUCUUUCAGAUAAGCAGAAGACCAGCAAUUUUGGAGGUAGUCAUAUAUUGGGCUAUGCAACGUUACGGAGAGGUCCACCUCCAGCACCUCCAAAGAGGGAUCAAAACACCAAACUAUCUAGAGACUGGUGAUAGUUCGUGUACAGUAUUUGCAUUGACUGCCAGUGAACUCUACAAAUGACAUGUCUGAUAACACUUGUGAUGAGACUCCUUGUCUUAAUAGCUGUGGUCAAAUUAGAUAUAUAUGCGCGCGCUAACAGUAGCUAUGGACGGUGAUUACAUUCACGUUCACAAUCAGUCCAAAAUAGUUUGCUGUUUGCAGUUGGUUUAUUGGGGAGAGGGACGGGCUAGCUGUUUUAAAUUUUAAAUUCCGUCAUAUGGAUUGGACCAAAUUCUUUAACACUUGUUUUUUCCUGCAGUCCAAGAAAACAACUGUUGUCUGUCACGUGAGACAUGUUGGUGCAUGUAUUAUAAAUGUAGGUAUAUAAUAUAUUUGUGAAGUAUUUUGUUGCAAUUAUAGAGGCUAACCAGAAUGUUUUUGUACAUCUGUAUUUAUUGUUUCAGUCAACCUAAAUAUAUAUAUUACUAGAAAUUGGAUUGUGCAUCUUAACCAGAAAAGUCAUUUUACCUUUUUAAAAAUGAAGUUGUUAGGGGGCACUUUAAAUUGGAAAAAAAAACUUUUUGCCAGUUGGUGACGGGUCUACAGUGCUGACAAAUUCUCUCAGUAUUUAUACAUUGUCAAUUGAUUGAAAAAUACAGACACAAUCUACCAAAACAUUCUGGUUGUAAUACUACUGAGAUUAAGUCCAUACAUAGGAAAAUAAAAGUGUUGUACAGUGGGGCUGCAGUUAAAUGUAUUUGGUCUUCAAAAUACAGGCAUUCCCUUCUAGAACUGCUAAGCAAGGGAUUUAUAAAAUUAAAAUACUCAAGAAUUCACUGCCCCUUAGUACACCUAUGUGCACUUAGGUGUAAGCCCCAUUGAACUCAGUGGGACUUCUGAGUCGUUAUGUGUAGCAUCUGGCUGUUAAGGCUGCAAUCCUAUUCACACUUAUCAGGGAGUAACUUGUAAUGAAUUCAGUGGGGUUUUCUUUGGAGGGAUCAUACUCUAAUUAGAAUAAAUACACAAUGUUCUAGUC